AUGUAUCUCCAGUACCCCUCAUCAGUAGAACUCGAAGUUGUACAACCCGCAGAUGUUGAACUGCCGGCUUUCACAAUAUGCAAUAUCAAUGAAAUCCGUUCUACUCCCUACUGUGAAAGAUAUCCAAAAUAUUGCGGGACUCCGGAUUCUGAUCCUCAGUUUUGCGUGCAUUUCGCUGAAUAUUGCAAUCUCGUUAAUACUUCGAAAAAGGUUCCCCUUUUCAGCGACAAAGCUUUCUUCAGACAUCUCUCUCGCUACGAACAACAAGUAUUCGGACACCAGUACAGAGACUUGGUGAAUACUUGUACAAUUGAGACAGAUGACGAAGAAACCGAAUGUUCUUCAGAGCCAGUAUUGGUUCCGGCCUUGAGCUUUUCUUACGAAGUUCCUUUCAAUUGUUUCAUGAUCUAUUCUCUUCAUAAGAAACCGAAUGGAAAUCCUCUUAAAGUCCCAGUAUCAACCAAAUUCCACUUGUCACUAAAUUUGGAGGUUUCAGAGUAUCACCCCUCUCAUCUCUCAAGAGGCGCUCAACUUAGUAUACACUCACCCUACCACGUCCCCUCUCCUGUGAGCGAAGGUCUCUUCCUAAAUAUGGGAACCGUUUACAGAAUCUAUGUCAGACUCGCAGAAAAGAAUUUGUUGCCUCCUCCUUACAAAAGCAAUUGUAUAAACUAUGAGAAACAAUGGAAAGAAAAUGGAGGAACAGGACCAGUCACUGAAAAGAUGUGCAAAGAAAAGUGCAAACUGGAAAAGUCCUUGGAUGCAUACGGGUGUGCUGAACGUCGAAUAGAUUAUCCUCAUAACAAAACCAUCUGCGCUAACCGUAAGUUUUAUGGAAAGGUCAUUAUUUGUUUGUUCUUGGUAAAUUUUCCAUAUGAAUAG